AGAGCGAGAGAGGACAUGGCGGCCUGGAAGGCACUCGUGAGAGAGAGAGAGAGAGAGGACGUGGCGGCCUGGAAGGCAUCGGGCGACGACGGAGUACAACCCUCUGGAUCGCCGGCGGACAAUGUGGACACUCUCGAGGUGAGCGACGAGAUUUUGGAAGUGAACGGCCGCACCUUGGAAAAUGCGUCGCACAACGAAGUCAUUCAAUACAUACAUCAGUGCAUCAAAUCUCGAACGAUAUGUCUGCGUCUACGGAGGAGCGGAAACAAGAUGGAAGGGCUGGACGGGCCGAACGCUGGGCGGAUACGAGACGCCUGGGUUAUCGCCGUCGAAAGGAGCGCGAGGGAGAGGCUGCAGAAAUUGACGGCACUUAAGAAGAUCCAGCCGCGCGACAUCCAGGCCAUUCUACAUCAGCGGAUAAACGACGCGGUAGCGUCCACAAGCGAAGACUCCACCUCGAAAGACGUGAAUGGCCAAAUUACGGUUACUUUGGCGGACAAGGAAUUGGGGCCGAAUGCUUUCUCCACCAAACUUAGCAACGGUACGAUUCCGAAGGGAUUAGGAAAAGAGGCGGACAUCCGAGUGGAAAACACCUCGCAGGAGCGGAAGGACGCAUUGGAAAAGCAACACAGCUACGAAGAGGCGAACCUCUUGCAACCGGUGCAGGGCGGAAGAAUCGGGGAACGACGGUCGAGCAGCCCUUUCCAAAAUGGUCGGACGGAAGUGCUGAUUGGCGAACCGGAGGGCGGCCCGAGGUCGCCGCGGGGCUCGACGUCUUCGGCGGUGAACGACGGCAAUUUCCUGAAUCCGCCGGACGAGCGAGACGAACCAAUUUGCAGGUCCCGAAGGCGUAGCGGUAGUGGCGUGACGGACAUACACUCUCAGCAACAGCAACAACAAUUGCAGUUGCAAGAGAACAAUAACAGUAGCUCGCGCGACGCGAAGAAGCCGCAGGAGGGACUGGGGCCCGAUGAGAUGUGGGCCCCUGGCGCCCUGGGCCAUCAUCGGGAGCUACCUGUUGAUGUGCCCGACACCCUUCUACAGAAGGCCUACCCCAACAAGGCCGGUCUCAACGGGGUCAAGCCUGCCAUCCCGCCGCGCGAUCAGAAGAGGGCACCUGCCAGACCGCCGAAAGAUAAUCUGCGGCUGUCCACGCAGAACAAUAAUGUCGAGACGAGCGAUAACGCCAACGCCGAGCCGACGCAGCAGCAGCUUCAUUCUAUCAGGAAAUAUCAGGAGCAGUUACGAAAACGUAAGGAUGAGGAGGAGAGGCAGGAAAUGCUCAGCCGUUCUCUCCGUGGCUCUAAAAAGCUUCAAGCUUUGGAGAGCCACGCGACGAGCCUCAGCGGCCAGGAAAAUCUCGCUUACGCACAGGACGAGGUGACCACCGGCGUCAGUCGAGUCACGCACGCCAUUCCUAAUGCAGUCCAAGAAGCGGAGGAGCCCCCCAGGCCUCUCACGUACGGCGAGGUUGUUGCUACGCUGGAGAGGCUGCAGCUGCAACUGCGGAAUAUUUCAGGUGUUCUCGGUAUUUCGGGUCCAGGUGUUGAAGCCGAGCUCGAGGCAGUCCGGACACUUUUGGUGCAGAAUAGAUUUGCGUCCGCCCUUGCGACCCGUCACACAUUAAAAAGUCGGCUGAGGGCGAGCAAGAUUUUCAAACAUCAUGCCGACGACGCGUCGAGUUUAGCGCGAGAUUGUGUGGAUAUCCUUGAAAAAUGGCAAUCGUCGUCGACCGCAACAGGUGUCGGCGGAGCAGAAACAAUAGCCGCCGUGGAGGAGUUAACGAGUAUUCUAACAAGUUACGACAUGGAAGCUCUGCUUCUGGCGCACGACUCUAUCGUCUCAUACGUGGAAGGCUUACAAAGGAAGCAGAGCCCGUCGUCGUCGCCACCCAGCGGCCCGCCCAGCCCGACGUCUAGUUGGAAAGACUCCCGGCUGGUCGACAACAUUAAAAUCAUCCGAAUUGAGAAAACCAACGAACCUCUGGGUGCCACCGUCAGAAACGAAGGGGACGCAGUGAUCAUAGGUCGUGUCGUUCGCGGUGGUGCGGCGGAUAAGUCGGGACUCCUGCACGAGGGCGACGAGGUUCUCGAGGUGAACGGAGUGGAAAUGCGCGGCAAGACCGUGAACGAGGUCUGCGAUAUUCUCGCUGGCAUGCAGGGUAGUCUCACGUUCUUGGUACUUCCGGCUCCGACGAGCCACAGAAAUAAUUUAAGGAGAGAAGACACGACACAGAUACAUAUACGAGCGCAUUUCGAUUACGAUCCCGAGGAAGACCCGUACAUACCGUGCAGAGAAUUGGGCGUGAGUUUUCAAAAGGGCGAUGUACUCCACGUAAUUUCCCAAGAGGAUCCUAACUGGUGGCAAGCAUAUCGAGAGGGCGAAGAGGACCAGACACUAGCCGGUCUGAUACCCAGUAGAGCGUUUCAACAUCAGCGGGAAUCCAUGAAGCAGACGAUAGCCGGCGACAAGUCGACGGUGCGAGGUUCGAAAAAAUCCAGCACCCUAUUGUGCGCGAGAAAAAAUCCAAAGAAGAAAAAACGAAACAAGUUCGGCUCGAGCUUUAACGACGAUGGAUAUCCACUUUACGCGACAACUGCCAUAGACGAUUACGACAGUGAGGAAGUGCUGACGUACGAGGAAGUCGCCUUAUACUAUCCUCGUGCAAAUCACAAGAGGCCAAUUGUACUCAUCGGACCACCCAACAUUGGACGACACGAACUCAGGCAGAGAUUGAUGCAAGACGGCGAACGUUUUGCCGCAGCAAUUCCUCAUACAAGUCGUCCGAAAAAGGACUCCGAGGUAGACGGACAGGACUAUCACUUCAUCUCUCGUGCUCAGUUCGAGUCUGAUAUUCUUUGUCGGAAGUUCGUCGAGCACGGCGAGUACGAAAAAGCGUACUACGGCACGUCCGUGGAGGCCAUCAGGACAGUGGUUAAUUCCGGGAAAAUCUGUGUCUUAAACCUGCAUCCGCAGAGUCUUAAGAUCCUGCGAAAUUCGGAUCUGAAGCCGUAUGUUGUGUUUAUCGCGCCUCCGAGCCUCGAGAAGCUAAGGCAGAAGAGGAUCAAGAACAACGAGGGCUUCAAGGAAGAAGAGCUGAAGGACAUAAUCGAGAAAGCUCGUGAGAUGGAGGAUAAGUAUGGCCAUCUGUUCGACAUGCUUAUCCUCAACAACGAUACGGAUCGGGCUUAUAACCAGCUUCUCACGGAAAUCAAUUCACUCGAGAGGGAACCUCAGUGGGUGCCUGCGUCUUGGGUUCAGUAACUUGGGCGAUCUUAAUCGCCGCGCUUAAGACGAGCGUUACUCGUACUCUAUACGUGUUUCGGCGGUGAGGACGACGAUUUGGAGGCCAGUAUUGCGGUAUUUGUUUGCAGGACAAGUGCUUUCACGCAAUUUUCCAAGCAAGACUUCAAGCGAGUCUGAUAGAAAUUCGGAGAACUGGUUCUUCUACAGGUGCCUGUUACAUAGUUUUAUGUUUCUUACGCAAAUCUUAAAUCUUCCCCGGUUACUGUAUUGCAAGUACUACUCGCCUGACAGAGUCUUCCGCGUGUGUUGUCGUACUUUGGUGCCAUGAAAAAAAUGAUGGAGAAUCAUCGGAAGCAAUCUUUAAAGGGAAAAAGAAGAAGAAGAGAAAGAGAUGGAAGAGAAGAAAUAUUCUACACAAAAUUCUCACACCUCUUCGACAGACUAUUCCUCGACGUAGAGUCUUGCGUUUGGUAUAAAAGGAGACAAAGAAAUACGGUGUUUAUGUAUCACCGCGUGAUGAGGCGGACGUUUACGAGGCUCGGUUGCAUCAACGAUGUUUCGAAUUUGAGUGAAUAUAUAAUCAAAUCGCGGACGAUAAUCGACCGAAAAAUUUACAUUUAAGUUACGCUUAAAUUUCCAACAGAGUUGCUGCAGUUUAGCCUACUUUCCGUGCACUCCCGACUGAAAUACGUUCGUACGUCGAGUUUCCGAGGUAUUUACGGUUAUAUUCUCAUGACUGACAAGCGGUUAACACUAUUAUAUAGAUGCGCGAGUAUACAAAAAAAAAGUAUCAUCUUUCCAGUGCGCCAAAGCACAUCUGCCGAGCGUUUUGCUCUUUCUACAUAUUAGCCCGUUCUACGUGAGGAAAUGUACCUGACCUGAUGUCUCCUAAAAGGUGAAAAAUUUCUAACUCGGGGGGACUCGUGAAAAUACCAUGUAAUUUUCUGUGAUUCGUGCAUAAUACGUUUUGAUAAAUUUUGAUAAGUGGAGCCGGGGCUUCGAUCCAGAUUUUUUAAAAGACUCCUAUUCAGCGCGGCGUGUAUUAACGUGAUUACAUUUAAUUUUACUUUACCUUAUUGAGAAUUCGUGCGUCACGCGACACGUAUAUCGAACUUUCGCCUACGACCAUAGAGAGUGGCAUGUUUUUUUCACGCGAAAUUUCAGUUAGAAAUUUUUGACGAUUCUGCUAUUCUAACCGAGCGGAGAAUCUGUUGUUAUAAAGAAAGAAAGAAGAAGGAAUUCCAUAACGACGAUCCCACAAGCAUAACGAUACGCAAUGCGUUUCUUCGAACGCAAGAGAAUACGUCUGCGAUCUCGAAGAAGGCGAAACUCGUCAACGUUUUACCGUUCGCCCUAGACAAUUUCGUGUUUGUUUAGAGAGCAGAAACUCGUGUUUCGAACCCGUAGAUUCGUUAAACGCAAUAGACUUAGGCUCGACUGUGGUUCGGUAUACAAGCUUUUGGAAAUUUCGCAUAAAACGAUUGUUUCUCCUGAUUGUGAGUGUUUUUUUACAGGGAGCGACGCGAUCGAAUAGAGUAAAAGGUGUUUUAUCUGUGUCAUUGUAUCGCUACGAAAUAGGGAUCGAUGCGAAAUAGACAAGAAAGACAAUGUGUAGUAGAGAGAGAGAGAGAGAGAGAGAGAGAGAGAGAGAGAGAGAGAGAGAGAGAGAGAGAGAGAGAGAGAGAGAGAGAGAGAAAGAGAGAGAAAGAGAGAGAAAAAGAAAAGAGACCAUUGCGGCUUUUCGUUCGGAAUUGUUCGACAAAUGCAAGUGCGCGGUGUGUGUGUCUCACGGGUAUUCUUGCGUUAGCAAUAAUUGUGUAACGAAAGAGAUAACUUUUCUGUAUUUUUCUUUUCUUUUCCUCGAUGACUCUAAGAGCUCCGGUAAACUCGGCAAAGAUGUGUCGUCAGUUCGUAUAGAGAUUGUGGGCUACUGUGUCGUGAUUAGAUCAACCGUAAUGUUAGUCGAUCCAGAGAGAAAAAAAAAGAUAGAUACACUAAAUUCAAUGUGAAA